AUGGAGCCAAAUACAAGAGACUUAGAGCUACGAGAGCAGGAUCGAUGGUUACCCAUUGCAAAUGUUGCCAGACUUAUGAAAAAUACCCUUCCACCCACAGCCAAAGUCUCUAAAGAUGCUAAGGAAUGCAUGCAGGAGUGUGUUUCAGAGUUCAUAUCAUUUAUUACAAGCGAGGCGUCUGACAGGUGCUUAAGAGAAAAGAGAAAAACAAUCAAUGGGGAAGAUAUACUAUAUCUGAUGUACGAUUUGGGGUUUGAAAACUAUGCGGAGGUUUUAAAGAUAUAUCUUGCAAAAUAUAGAGAACAACAGGUGCUCAGACAAGAGAGAGGUGAAACCAGGCUUUCUAAGAAGAAGGCAAAGUUACAAGCUGCUCAGCAACAGGCGGCACAGGAGGCAGCAGCAACUUCAGAAGAGACGAGCGAAACAAGACAAAACGGAGAGCCAGGAGAAUCUGGAGAGAUUGGUGAAACUGAUGAAAUUGCUGAGGGUGGAGUGAUUGAGGACGCUGCGCGUGUAGAUGAGUUAGUGGAAAAUGGGUACUGA